AUGGAAACUACAAAGCAGCAAGAAAAAUCAUUCCCCUUCCCUGCAGUUGUUUCCAAAACCAACUUAAGCACUGAAACCCUAAAAGCCAAUGAAUCCCAUGAUGAAGAAAAACAAGCCCUUCUAGAAAUGCUUGAUAAAAACCAAAAACUCUUACAAAAAGCUCAAUCUGAAUAUUUAAAAGAAAAAGAAGAAAUUGAACAAAAUUUCCAAAAAUCCCAAAAUACUUUAAAAAGACAAAUCGAAAUCUAUGAACAAGAAAUCGAAAUUUUGAAAACAGAAAUCGACCGUUUGAAAAAUGCAAAAUCCAAACAGUCAGAAGAAAGCUUGAGAAAUCAACUGUUAAAAGAAAUCGAAAAUAUUCGCCUUGUCGAAAAUGAACGAAAAUCAGCUCAACAAGUCAAAAUUAGCGAAUUAAACCAAAAAAUUGAAAUUUUGACUAGACAAAUAGAAGAGAAAAAUAAGCGACAUAUAGAAGAAAAAGAACAUCUUCUCCGUCAAGUGGAUAAUACAAGAAAAGAUGCAAGAAGGGUCGAAAAUGAAUUCCAAGCUCAGCUGGAUUUACUUAUAUCAAGAUUUGAAAAAACAAACAUUCAAUUAAACAAAAAAUCACAAAAAAUCGAAAAAAUUCAAAAAGAGUAUGAGGAACGAUUUCGGGAGCUUUUAAAGCAAAAAAAUGAAGAAGAGGAGCUUUGGAUAAGAGAGAAAAAUAGUUUACAUAAUGAAAUUUCUGUAAAAUCAGCUGAAGAUAACCAUGACGAAUUGAUGUGGAAGCAGCUCAAAGAAUUCCAAGUGGAGAGAGAAAAUGUCGAAGAAGCUCAUAAUGAAAGGAUAAAUGCAUUAGAAAUUAAAAAAGAGCAGCUAGAAGCACAGAUUGAACAGCUGAUAACAAUUUCUGGGGAUAGGGAGCUGUCUUUAGAAGAAGAAGUCGAAAGACUGAGAAAUGCUAAUCAAACACUGAUGGAUAUUAAUUAUGAAAGAGAGCAGAUAUUUGAAAAUGAGCUUGAAAAUAUGAGAAAAGAGCUGGUUUAUAUAAGAGAAUCCUCUGAAUCUCAGGUGACGCAAUAUUUAAAAGACCAUAGUGAGCAGAACAAAGAGUAUGAAAUGUAUGAAAAAGUUUUAGAGGAAGCCAAAAAUUUCCAUGCUGUUAAUUUGGAAAAAGAAUUUAGGAUUAUUAGUGCUCAGUUAAGACAAAAAGAAGCAGAAAUAAAAACACUGAAGGAAACUAAUAGAGGGAAACCAAAAGGAAGAAAAAAUAACUCGGCUGUUUCUAUUAUGAAUGAGCUUUUAAAUCAACAAAAUUUAAUAUAUUUAUUUAAAUUAAUUUGCAAAAUUAUUUAUGAUGCAGAAAAUUUUAGAAAUUCCGACAGCAAUUCCAUAUUAUAAAGCAUAAAUACCGAGCUGGAGAAUUUUAAAAUUCACUUUAAAGCCAUUGAAGAGCAAUCAGAAAAAAAAGAAAAAGAGAAUUUUGAAUUAAUAGAAAUGCUGACAUCUCAGCUUUAUUCUACAGAACAAAAACUUGUGGAAUCUAUAUCUCAAGAUAAUGAAAAAGACUAUCAAAAGCUUUCAGAUCGCUUAAUCGUUGCUGAGCAGGAGCUUGAUUAUGCUAAAAAACAUUUAGAGCAGUAUAUAUCUUCAGUGAAAUCAUUAGAAGAAAUAAUUGAAAAUAAAAAUGGGAAUGAUUCUUCUGAUAUGUAUAAAAAAGCACAAAUUGAAAUUUCUAGGCUAAAUAAAGAAAACCAAACCUUGCUUGAAGUAAAAGAAGCCACUGAUGAGAGACAUUUACAAGAAAAAAAUCAGCUGUUAGAGUUAAUUGUAGCAAAAGAUAAUGAAAUUGAAAAAUUAAAAUCAAUCAUAAAAAAACGAAAAUCAUCAAAAAAUAUGAUGAUUGAUGAAAAAAAUAGACACACAACUUUUCAAAAUUUAUUUAAAAGCUUAGAAGCUUUAUCAAAAAAUUAUUCUCAACAAUUAAAUUCUAUAAAAAAAGUUAAAUUGCAAGAUAGCUCACUCUAUAUCUUUGUGAAAGAAUAAAAAAUAUUUUGUUCGCUCACAGAAGGAGAAAAAUUUUUAUUUUUAAAAAUUUAUAUAUAAAUUUUAUAGUAAAUUUUUUUCAGGAUUUAAAAAUCUAUUUUCGUAAAAUUUGAAAAGUAAAAAUUACUUUAAUUUGUAGAAUUUAUGUAUUAAAAUGCAAGCUGUUUAAUAUUAAACAGAAUCAGUUAAAGAUUUCAUUAUACUAAUAAUCACUUAUAUAUCGAAAUAUUUUUUUUUAUAAUAUUAAAUAAAUUUUUAUUCGCUCACAGAGGGUGGUUUUAGGCAAAAAAUAGGGAUGUUUUCAAUUUUUUUUUCGCUCGGGAGCGGGGAGUCAGAAGAAAAUAAAUCAGGUAAAAUUGAAAAUAAAGAAAUAAAAGAUGAAUUUAUUAAAGAAAAUGAAGAAUUAUACCAGGAAAUCCAGAGAUUAAAAUUAAUUAUUGAUUCAGUCCUUGAUGAAUGUUGUAAAAAGUCAAGCAUAUUAGAUGAGGAAAGAGAACUUUUAAAGCUAGAACGUGAAAAAAUGCAAACGCUUAUAUCGCAUUCUGGAUAUAAAGAUUAUUUUAGCCCAAAAAAAGAAAAAGAUGAAAAAAACCAGUCUCAAUUGAUAACACUAGCAAAAGAUGAUAUUGCUGCCUUACAAAAGCAGCUAGAGCAAGAAAGAAAAAUGCAUCAAAUUGAAUUGGAGACUUUCCAUAAAAAUAACGAAAACGAGCUACUUGUGCUGAGAAGUGAGCAGGAAGCAUUUGUUAAGCAUAUCAAAAUUUUAAGGGAGCAGCUGAAAAAUAUCAAUUUCACUUCAGCAAUACAAAGAGAUGCCCAAGAAAAACUAAUAAAACAGCUAAAAUCCGAGCUUUCGUCUGUAAAAGAACUGACAAAUGAAAAAAUUCAGCUUUUAAUGAAAGAGCAAAAAAAGUUGAGAACUGAGCUAUCUCAAAUUAUCAAUCUCAUAUUUUAUAGGCAGGACUAUUCAAUAAAUAAGACUGGACUAAACAGUGAUAAAUAUUAUAUCUCCAGGCUUCCUAUAAUAAUUAACUUAAUUUAUCUCAAAUUAUAGAAAAAAAUUCAUUAAAAGAUAAAAAAAGAAAAAAAUCUUAUCUAGAAAAAAUUAAGCAGCUUGAGUCGACAAUUGAUGAAAAAAAUAAAAUAAUUCAAGAAAAAACUACACAUUUAAUACAAAAACAAUAUAAAUAAAUUGGUAGGUGAAGAACAACCCAUCAUCCCUGUGGCGGGUGUCCUUAUGCAUGCUCGAACAUGGCUUUUUUAACAAGGAGCUGCCCAAGGUUGAUCUAGCCUCAAAGUAAUAAGUCCAGCACUAUUUUGCUGAUUAGUGACCUGGCUGAGUGGCAGUUUUUGCAUCUUUUUGCCAACAGCACCAGACUCAUGUUGGGUGUCCGAUAGAGCAGGGCGACUUCCUGCUUGGUCGCCUGCUACAAUCGCACAAAAGAUAUUAAGCUUUUCUUUUUGAGAUAAAUCCAGAAGAAAAAGGAAAGACAGGCUCAGCAAGAUCUCAAGAGCUACAGUCUCACCAGUUGAAAAGGGUCCUUCCUGUGGCAGGGCGAUCUGGCCUAAGCUAAGCAGGGUUGGGUAAGCAAGUUGUUUGGGCUGGAGGUUAUUGCAAAGUCUGUAUGACUCAAACCAUGAAAGGAAAAUGCCUCUACGAGAAAAUUGGGGGUUCGGCCCGUGCUAAGUUAAACGUGGAGCGCAUGGUGUUCAGGAAGUAGAACUAUAAAAACACAGCUUAAAUCUAAUCUAAUACAAGAACAAGCCAGAGCAAGCAAAAUUGAAGAAGAAAUCCAGAACCAAUUUAAAGAUGAAAUAAAGAGAUUAAAGGAUGAAAUAAAAAAAAUAAAAAUUUCCGAAGAAAAUAAAGAAUGGACACUUGCUAGGGAGAGAGAAAUUUAUAAUGGGGCUUUAAAAAAAUUGCAAGUAGGCGUCGAAGCUAUUCAGCAGUCAGCCAUUUCUGAAGCCCAUGAAAUUAAUUGUGAUUUGGAAAUUGUGAAUAAAAAAAUCGAGAUUUAUGAAAAAGAAAAAGAAAUUUUAAAAGAACAAAGAAACGAAGCUCUGGAAUAUUUAAUGAGAGCGAAAAUCAUGGGUGAAGCAGAAAAGCAAGAAAUUUUGAUGCUGGUAGAACAUUUGAGAUCUCAAGAAAUAAAGAGAAAUAAGUUGACUAUGUAA